AAUGGACAGCGUAAAGCACCAUUCAUUCUUGAACAGUAUAUAACUACAUUAAACUUAAAUAAGUGUCCAAUUCCGAAACAACCUGUUCCUGAUCUUGAGCAAACUGCAGAACGUUAUUUAAGAUCUGUAAAGCCAUUAUUGACUGAUGACGAAUAUAAAAAUACGAAGAAGAUUGUUGAUGAUUUUAUAAGUCAUACGAGUGCAGGAUCACAAUUACACACUAAAUUACGUGAAAGAUAUCAAAACACUGAUAAUUGGAUGAAAGAUUGGUGGCUGGAAGUUGUAUACCUAGGAUAUCGUAUGCCCGUGAUCGUGCAUUCCAGUCCUGGAAUUAUUGGGCCUCCAAUUAUUUUCCAGCAACCAGAUGACGUAUAUGUGUACGCAGCCCGUCUCAUUGCUGGAGUAUGUGAUUACAAUGAAAUGGUCAAGAAUGGAAAAUUGAAACAAGAAAUGACUCGCAACGACCCACUCGACAUGCAGCUUUAUGCUAUGAUACUUGGCACACACAGGAAACCAGGUGAAAUAGUUGAUAAACUGUUGCACACAGAUGAGGCAACACACAUAAUAAUCAUAUGCAAUAAUAAUUUCUUUAAACUUUACGUUGUCGAUAAAAACGGCAUUUUAAGCGAGGGUAAGCUUGUGGCUGCCAUAAAAGAUAUUGCAAAUCGCUCGUGUAUCCAGGGAAAACCUAUAGGAAUUUUAACUGGGAACGACAGAGACACUUGGGUGAAAGACUACAACUUACUUUUAGAACUGGGUAACAAUAGAAAUAUAAUAAAGGAUAUAGAAACUUCUUUGUUUAUAUUGUGUCUCGAUAAGGAUAUACCUAAAGAUGCUUUUAAGGAAAAAAAUAAUGCCUCGGUCAGAGCGAUUCAAGCAUUGACAGGCUAUAAUAGUUGCACAAACGCUGGUAACAGAUGGCACGACCAUACCGUGCAAUAUAUAGUAUCCACUGAUGGUUUUAUGGGCAUGGGAUUCGAACACAGUCCAUGCGAGGGAAUUCCUUUUGCUGCUCUUCAGGAUCACGUAUUAAAAUAUAUAGCAGAAAAAAAAAAUAACGCAAAGAAUGUAAAAUCCAAAGAUUCCCCGAGACCAGAACUUUUGAAGUUCGAAACAAAUGACGCUAUAGAUUAUGCGAUCAAGAUAGCUACUGAUACAGUAGAUAAGAUUUCAAACGACAUAGACAUGGAAUGUUUUACAUUCGAUAAAUUCGGCACAGACGUCAUAAAAGCGAUUAAACUGAGUCCCGACAGUUUUAUUCAGAUCGCGAUGCAAGUGACAUUUUAUAAUUUGCAUAGAAAGAUACCGGCUCAAUACGAAAGUGCGGCAUUACGACGAUUCAUAAAUGCCAGAACUGAAUGCAUCAGGUCCACUAGCAUUGAAUCGGUCGAGUUCGUUAAAGCUAUGCAUCUCGCGGAUUGCGAGAACAAACAGCAAAAGAAGAAAUUGUUGAUCAAAGCUAUAAAUGCUCAUAAAAAACUUGCCGAGCAAGCUAUAACUGGUCAAGGCGUCGAUAGACAUUUGUUCGGCUUAAGGAUGAUCGCAAAAAGUGAAGGGAUGGAGCUCCCAGAAUUAUACAAAGAUGUUGGUUAUACUAGAAGUACACAUUUCAAUGUAACAUCAAGUCAGUUGCCGUUUAAGACAGCGUCUUUUGCUUGCUACGGACCAGUAGUUUCCGAUGGUUAUGGUUGCUGCUACAAUCCACGACCGAAGGAUAUUCUAUUCGCUAUUUCGUCAUUUAAAUCGUGCAGCGAGACUAACACGAGGGACUUUGCUCGUAUUUUACAACAGGCACUGAUCGGCAUGCGAGAUAUAGGAAGUGAUUGA